AUGCCGUUUCGAAAGCUACCGCAUAAAUUAUUUGGAGACCAGAAAGAGAGCAAGGCCAACAGCCUACCACCACCGCCAUCUUGCCCAUCCACUAUCCGGACUACCCAGUCAAUUGAGCCCUUUAAACCGCAGGACUUGUGGCAGAUUGCCUAUGAUCAGCUAGGUGAAGAGAAGCAGAGGAUUUUAGCGACGGUUAAAGUCACUGCGAACCCCAUUGAUAAGGAAAAUCAAACCCGAACAGAGGACUUAAUUGGUGAGGUUAUCUAUUUGAUCAAAGAGCAAUGCGAAAAAUAUCGACAGAAUAUCAAUGGAAAUAUUCGGACAUGCUCCAGGAAUAUCCUCAAUGCAGCGCUAUCUUUCAAGGAUAUUAUUGGCGCAGCUGCGACCUUUGAUCCUACUCAGCAUGCAGCUAGUGCUUGGGCAAUCGUGUCACUGGGGUUGACGAUGACUAAAAAUCAUUGUGACCAACGGGAUGCCCUAUUCGAAUCAUCGGAUUACCUGGCAGAUGUUCUCACACAAUGUGCCUUUAUCGAGCUGAAGUUUUAUCGUGAGGGCAAGUCCAGUAACCCGGAAGACUUGGAAAGUCCAUUGGUCCGGCUCUACAUAGCAAUCCUUCACUAUACAGCGCUGGUGCAGAAGGCCCGAAGUGCUAGCAAGACAAAAAAACUGCUGGACUGCAUCACCGCCAUCACUGAGCACCCGCUCACUGAGCUUAAGACGUUAGUUGAAAAGGAAAGAGAUAGCCUGCAUAAGUGGAUUGAACUCUGCGAGUAUCUCCAGCGCGAAAAGGACGCAGAAAAAAUCCUUUGCGAGAUUGAUGAACUUGCAAAAUCUAUGAAGCAGCUUAGUGAACAGUCUGGCUUCAAGAAUUUGCCUGUCGCGGAAGGAGCAUUUUUUGACUCCUUUGUCAAUCAACACGAGGACUUCUGCCUCCCGGAGACCAGAACAGAUCUUCUUCGCCAGAUCUUGGAGUGGGCUGAAUCAGAGGGUAAAUUUAUAUUUUGGUUGAAUGGAAUGGCAGGGACAGGAAAGUCCACUAUUGCACGGACGCGAGGCGAAGCCGACCGUGGUAAUGCGAAACGCUUGAUAUCAACUAUUACAAGACAACUAGUAACUAGGCACCGGCGACUAGUACCUGAUGUCUUAAAUGCUAUUGAGAAUGAUUUGAACAUCGUUUCUAAAUCACUUGGUGAACAGUUUAACAAGCUUCUUUAUCAACCCCUUAUGAAGCUAUGUCCAAACCAAUCUACCACAAUUAUGAUUAUUAUUGAUGCCUUGGAUGAAUGCGAUGGAGAAGAGGAUAUAAAAGUGAUACUUGACCUCUUGUUCAAAUUGCAGGAAAUUCAAUCUGUACAUCUGCGAGUGCUCCUGACCAGCAGACCUGAACUCCCAAUUCGCCUUGGCUUCAGGGAUAACAAGAACUAUCAGGACCUGAUUCUUCAUGAGCUGCCUAAGCCAGUGAUUGAAAAUGAUAUUCGCGUGUUUCUAGACUUUAAGCUUUCGGAAAUACAACAUAGGCGCUCACUUCCCCCAGAUUGGCCGGGGGAUAACAAUAGAGAAAAGCUAGUGCGGAUGGCUGUUCCAUUAUUCAUCUUCGCGGCAACGGUAUGUCGUUUUAUCAACGAAGGGACACAUCCACAAAAGCAGCUCCAGAAAUUUCUUGAAUUUCAAGCAACUACAACUACAACUCAGAUGGAUAAAAUAUAUCUACCGAUUCUGAAUCGACUUAUAGGCGAUAAUAAAGAAGACUCCAAGGAGCUCGUGCAUGAAUUCCAUGACAUUGUCGGGGUUAUUAUUCUUCUUGCUACCCCACUCUCUAUUGAAUCUCUGGCCCUGCUGCUGAAAAUAUCAGCACAGGAGAUAAGUGAGCUUUUGGAUCAUUUACAUUCAGUGCUCAAUAUACCACAUGACAGAGAGGCUCCAGUGCGCAUCCUGCACUUAUCUUUUCGAGACUAUCUCCUAGUCACAGAAAGCUUAUUCCAUAUCCAUGAGCAAAAGACCCAUGGGAAAAUAGCCUCGCAUUGUCUCCGAGCUAUGGAUACUCGGCUGAAACACAAUAUCUGCGACCUCGCAAGUUACGGAACACAGCGCGAGGAUAUCGAUCCUCGGGUUAUUAGCCAGUACCUCACACCUGAUCUACAAUACUCCUGCCGCUACUGGGUGUAUCAUCUAAAGGAGAGUACAGGUCGUAUAUCUCAAUCUGAGAUCCUCACUUUUCUUAAAAAGCAGUUUCUUCACUGGUUGGAGGCACUAGCUUUAAUUGGAAGUAUAUCUGAUGCAGUGAGAAUAAUAGAUACACUGAAGUCAAGUACAUGGACAAGUAUCAGUACUGAGAUUUCAGACUUUCUCUAUGAUGCAAAAAGGUUUACUCUUCAAAAUACUUAUAUAGCUGGUAUUGCUCCACUUCAACUCUACGGCUCCGGACUGGUGUUUGCACCUGGCCAAAGUAUUGUAAAAAAGACUUUUCUUAGCGAAGUAGUAAGGCAGUUACAAAGUCUACCGGUUUUAGAGGAUUCUUGGAGCCCAAUCUUACAGACACUUGAGGGCCAUUCAGAUAGGGUCUAUUCAGUGGCCUUCUCACCCGAUGGGCGUACUCUGGCAUCAGGCUCGCGCGACAAGCGCCAGACCCUCAAGAACUAUUCAGGUUGGGACAACGGCUAUCCAGGUUGGGUCAAUACAGUGGCCUUCUCACCCGAUGGGGGCACUCUGGCAUCAGGCUCGGGCGGUAGUACUAUUAAACUCUGGGAUACAACAACUGGCACAGAGUACCAGAUCCUCGAGGGCCAUACAGAUUCGUCGGGAGAAUUAUUAUUCUAUUCCAUUCCAAAUACAGCCUAG